AUGGCCGAGCUGUGGGAAUACAACCUGUCGACCACGUGGAACCGCUCCGCGGUGCCGCCGGAGAACCGCUUCAGCAGCCUGGACGACAUCGACGUGCCCGCCGACGGCUCCCCGGCGCUGCGCAUCCUCAUCUCCAUCGUGUACUCGGUGGUGUGCGCCGCCGGCCUGGUGGGGAACCUGCUGGUUCUGUUCCUGAUGAAGCCGCGCCGCGGCCGCAGGAAGCGCUCCAGCAUCAACCUGAUCAUCCUCAACCUGGCCGUGACGGACUUCCAGUUCGUGCUGACGCUGCCGUUCUGGGCGGUGGACACGGCGCUGGACUUCAGCUGGCCGUUUGGAAACGCCAUGUGCAAGAUCGUCCUCUCCGUGACCGUGAUGAACGUGUACGCCAGCGUGUUUUUCCUCACCGCCCUGAGCGUGACUCGGUACUGGUCCGUCGCCUCGGCGCUGAAGGACCGCACGCGCAGACGGGUGUGCCCGGUGCGCUGGGUGAUCGCCGGGCUCUGGGUGUCCGCCGCGGUGGCCUCUCUGCCCACCGUCAUCUUCUCCGCGGUGAGAGACGUGGCCGGGGAGAGGCUGUGCCUGCUGGGAUUCCCGGACGGCCGGCCGUGGCUCGCGCUGCACCACCUGCAGAAGAUCGUGGUGGCCUUCGUGCUGCCCAUGCUCAUCGUGAGCGUCUGCUACCUGCUGCUGCUGCGCUUCGUCCGCCUGCGCAGCAUGAACAACAACCAGGUGAAGCGCCGGUCCCGGGUGACCCGCUCCGUCACCAUCGUGGUCCUGUCCUUCUUCAUCUGCUGGAUGCCCAACCACGCCAUCACCUUCUGGGGCGUCCUGGUCAAGUUCAACCUGGUCAACUGGGACAAGACCUACUACAUGGUGCACACGUACGUCCACCCGCUGACCGUGUGCCUGGCGCACACCAACAGCUGCCUGAACCCGGUGCUGUACUGCCUCAUGCGCCGGGAGUUCAGGAAGAAGAUCAAGGAUCUGUUUUGGAGGAUUUCCUCGCCCUCCGGCUCGAACGGCUGCCACCUGCGGCCGUUCUCCGGGACCGUGAGAGCGGAGCCGGACGACACGCAGAUCGCCGUCCCGCUCAACAACAUGGACACGGAGAACUGCAGGCUGUCAGUUUUAACCGAUCAGUGCGACACGGAGGUGCUGCAGAGGUAAACAGCCCGCGGCAGAAAAACACCAGAGCCUGGUUGAUUUUAAUGCAGCUUGAAUCCCGCCGACACCAGUUUCUGAUUGUUGUUUUUACGCAUUGAUCACGGACUGACAUGAGGGGAAAACACUUCUACCUUCUCGUGACUGUUGGUGAUU